AUUUGUCCGGAUAAUAGGUAUCUCGUCAGUGUUUCAAAUGCGAUUUACAGUCGUUGAGCUGCAUUGAUUGCGUCAUUAAUUGUUGAAUUCAGCGUGUGGAAUAUUUAUUCGCUUCUCCGUCAGUUCCAUCAAGUUCCAUCAAGUUCCAUCACGGAACCGCAGAACCGCGACGCAUGUAGGGGUGAACUUGGGUAAACCGCAGCCGAACGGCUGUAGGCAGGUGUAAGUUGGAGAGGAGAGGAAAGUGACGCGAGCGUUACUUGAAUUAAACCCGGCUUCGUAACCGACAAUUGUCCCGAUCGAUUUCAUUCGUUGACGCGACGCGGAAGCUUCGUCGUCGAUCCACUCCAUCAUGGAAGCCCUAAUACCUGUGAUAAACAAACUGCAGGACGUGUUUAACACCGUCGGUGCUACCGUACUACAACUGCCGCAGAUCGUCGUUCUGGGCACGCAGAGUUCAGGAAAGUCGUCUGUAAUAGAAAGCUUGGUGGGUCGUUCUUUUCUACCACGAGGGACUGGUAUUGUCACGCGACGUCCAUUAAUAUUGCAACUUAUAUAUACACCCAAAGAUGAUCGAGAACAUCGAAGCGCAGAAAAUGGCACUCUGGACUUGGAGGAAUGGGGAAUGUUUUUGCAUACAAAGAACAGGAUUUACAGAGAUUUCGACGAUAUUCGUACAGAGAUUGAAGCAGAAACUGACAGAAUGGCUGGAGCAAACAAAGGGAUUUGUCCAGAACCAAUUAAUCUUAAAAUAUACUCGACGUCUGUCGUUAAUCUGACACUUAUAGACCUACCUGGUAUCACAAAAGUGCCAGUAGGCGAUCAGCCGGAGGACAUCGAGUCUCAGAUACGUGAGCUCGUAUUAAAGUAUAUAUGCAGUCCUAACUCUAUAAUUUUAGCAGUUGUCACUGCCAAUACUGACAUGGCUACAAGUGAGAGUUUGAAGCUCAGCAAAGACGUUGAUCCAGAUGGCAGACGAACGCUGGCAGUCGUUACAAAAUUAGAUCUCAUGGAUGCUGGGACUGAUGCUAUAGAUAUUCUAUGUGGUAGGGUCAUCCCAGUUAAACUGGGUAUUAUAGGUGUAGUUAAUCGUUCUCAGCAAGACAUAAUGAAUAACAAAAGCAUUCAGGAAGCGUUGAAGGAUGAAGCCACAUUCUUGCAACGUAAAUAUCCAACGUUGGCUAACAGAAAUGGCACUCCAUACUUAGCAAAAACUCUUAAUCGUUUGCUUAUGCAACAUAUUAGGGAUUGUUUACCAGAGUUGAAGAACAGAGUGAACACAAUGGUAGCGCAAUAUCAAACUCUACUUAAUUCUUAUGGCGGGGAUGUCGAAGACAAAAGCCAAACUCUGCUACAGAUCAUCACGAAAUUUGCAAACAGCUAUUGCGCUACGAUAGAGGGAACGGCAAGGAACAUAGAAACCACUGAACUGUGCGGCGGUGCUCGCAUUUGCUAUAUAUUUCACGAGACGUUUGGUAAAACGCUCGAUUCGAUUAAUCCACUGGCAGACCUCAGUAAAGUUGACAUAUUGACCGCUAUUCGCAAUGCAACUGGUCCGAGACCAGCUCUCUUUGUGCCAGAAGUCUCCUUUGAACUCUUAGUUAAACGGCAAAUACGAAAAUUAGAGGAUCCUUCGUUACGAUGCGUAGAACUUGUACACGAAGAAAUGCAAAGUAUAAUACAGCAUUGUGGCACUGAGGUGCAGCAGGAAAUGCUGCGUUUCCCUAAAUUGCAUGAGCGUAUCGUCGAUGUUGUUACACAAUUGCUACGUAGACGACUCCCACCUACCAAUUCAAUGGUAGAGAACUUGGUUGCCAUAGAAUUAGCAUACAUUAACACUAAGCAUCCCGACUUUCACAAAGAUGCAGCAUUUGUGUCAUCUUUAUUGAAGGAUGCCGAUGUAGAUCACCUGAAGCAUAAUAAACGAUUAACUUCAGCAUCUAGUACUAUAAUCACCAAUGAUACGAUUGUAAAAUCAGUCAAUAAUCAAGAUGAGAUGAACUCUGUUUCUGAUCAGACUAAGGAACAGCAAGGACAGCAAAAUCACUGGCUGCUAAGUAACUUACUACUUCAGGGAAGAACGGAGUCAACGAGUUCCGCAGAUGGUUCUCCGAUCAGGAUACGUGAAAACAGUAACUCCCCAAAUCCGAGCAUGAAUCCAGUGAUCGAAUUACAGAAAGCAUCCCCGCAACAGAAGCCAGUAAAUUUACUCCCUGCAGUACCAAUACAGACAUCCCGAAAACUUAGCGAUCGUGAGCAACGGGAUUGUGAUAUUAUCGAAAGACUCAUAAGAUCAUACUUUUAUAUUGUACGAAAGUCUAUUCAAGAUAGUGUACCAAAGGCUGUUAUGCAUUUCCUAGUCAACUAUGUGAAAGAUAAUUUACAAAGUGAACUUGUCACACAUUUGUACAAAUCAGAUCAGGCUGAGGCCUUGUUGAUUGAAAGUGAACACAUUGCUGUUAGGCGUAAAGAAACAGCGGACAUGCUUAAGGCAUUGACUCAAGCAGGUCACAUUAUUAGUGAAAUUAGAGAGACACACAUGUGGUAAUUAAAUGCCUAAACUUUACAUCUGGAUUCUAGUUGAAUUUAGGUAUUGCAUCUCUGUGUUUUAAUCAACUGGAUGUACUUUACCAAUGUAUAUGAUGAAUCAUUGUAUAUAAUUCUUGUCUUUCUCAUGCAAGUAAGGUAUCACUAUUGAAAAGCAAUGGUCUUAAUAUAUUAUGUCACCUAGUUUUAUAGUAUGAGCAUGAAAGAGGCAUAACAUCGUACUUAAAAUGCGCAUUUGUGCGCAACCAUCUUAUUAUUUGAUUCACAAGAAUUGUAAUUCAGGUUUGCUCUUUUACUCGGCGUUAGAUGUAUAUGCUGACUUAUCAUACGAAAAUCAAUUACCUCUUGAAUAACUUGUUUUGUAUCACGCAUUUUACCAUGAGAAUUAUAUGCUUCUUAAUUA